GGCGAUGCCAAGGUGGCGGAGGUGGGCACCUGGACUUUGAGCCGUUCGUUUUCUUCUCCGGUGGCCGCAGGGCAGGAGGUGGUGGUGGAAACUGACACCUUGAGCCUCAAAAGGGGGUGAGAGGGAGGGAGAUUUUACAAAAGUGGAAGGUCUACUGGCUGGGCUUUGGAAGAGUUCCAUUGUGACUCGUUGAAAGGACCAUCGAAAAGAAGUGCCAUGACGUAGCAGCAAACACCCCAGACAGCCCAGGUUUGGGACUAGUGGACUUCCAUUUGAGUUGUGAGAAGAGCUGGACAAUUGCUUGUCCGGACCUUGCCAGCCACGCCUUUUUGAAGGUUUGUGUUGGUUUCUUCCCUCCACUGGUGAAAAAUUCAUCCUGUACUACUGUACACGGGCCCAGCUGUGAGCUGCACCGAGGUCUCCCUUGCGGCAACUGUUCUGCUGGAGGCCUCCAGGAUGCCGCCCGGACAGCUGCAGCGCCUCAGUGGAAAGCCGCUCGAGAUCUCUGACCUCGCGUCCGCCCGGGAGGCGGCCAAAGGCCGAAUGGUCUCCGCUGCCCAAACAGCUCUUUCCGCUCAGAGAUCGGUCGAGUUCUUCAAGCGGACCCUGGCGGCCGCCCGGGGUGAAGCCUCGGCGGAGCAGCGGUCGUGCAGCAUUUGCCUGGAGGAGGAUUUGACGGAGGACCAGCUGUCCAUCACCGUGUGCGCGCAUGUCUUCCACACCGACUGCCUCAAUGAGGUGGUGAAACACUUUGGGACCUGCCCCGUGUGCCGCCAUGGCCUGACGGGGAAGAACAAGGUCACCUCGCUGGCAGCCGAGCUUGCGCCCGCGCUGCCGGCGGUGCGCAGCGAUAAAGGCCAGAAGCGCCGGCUCAGCAGUGACACCUCGGAGACUUCCAAGAAGGCAGGAAGCAAACUUGCCGCUUUAGCAGUGCACCUGCAGAGUAUCAGUGCUGGUGAGAAAGUGCUGGUCUUUUGUCAGUGGGAAGACUUGAAGAAGCACAUCUCAGACACCUUGCAGUCCAUGGGCGUUCCCCACUUCCAGCUCAUUGGGAACCUCUUCCAACGCGCUGAGAUCCUUCGGAGGUUCCAGGAGGAAAGCCACGAAUCGGCUGUGCGUGUGCUGUUGCUUUCACUGGAGCAUGCUGCAAGUGGAACAAACCUCACUGCUGCAAAUCAUGUCGUGUUCGUCCAUCCGAUGCACGCGGCCUCACCGGAGAAGGCCGUUGCAUACGAAGCCCAGGCCAUUGCGCGCUGCCGGCGCUACGGGCAAGAGAAGACAGUGCAUUGCUGGAGGUUGGUGGCCAGGGGCACCAUCGAGGAGACGAUUACGGCCACGCAUCAGAAGGACCUCUGGCAGGAUCAUGUGGCGCGCUCUGCCCCCACCUCUGGCGGGGCCUGAGUUGCGGAGGUCCCUUGCCGCUUGCUGACUGGGCGAUGGGUCAUCCCAUGACUGGGGUGGAAUGCCUGACCCUUUGGUGGCGAUUGGGGACCUCAAAGCAGGCAACAUUGAUUCACAUUGAGCCAAGGAUCGUUAACAUAGUAUGUGUGGUGCAGGUGUUUGGACAUGCUACACUUGCCGAAGCUCUAAGACUUAGAGCAUGUUGUUUCGAGGAAUGCUACCGCUGCGAUGAAUGUUGACUGGGAUGCCAUGCUGCCCGCCAGAACAUCACAGUCAAUGAUUGGAGUUCUUGCAAGAUUCCAGGCUAGGCUUGCCAGAGGCUCCCACCGACAGACAUUUGGAAUCUCAUGGGGGCACAG